AAUUUCAUCUUUCUUUCAUAUCGCAGGUUUACUUGGUUUAUUUCGUUUAUUUAUUUCGUGAGAUUCUUAUUAGUACUCAUUCUUCGGAAAGAGCUCGUGGGUGGUCUCUUCAAUUGGUGUUUGUGUGCUCCAAGGAAGAGGGUAGCCAUUAACAGUAAUAUACCAGUUUUCGAUUUCAGUUUUGAAUUCGGCGGAUUACGGACAAGUUUGCUAUUCCAGUAUCAUUCCAAGCUAGGCUGAAAAUGUGUUCAUUUAAGUCGCAAUGCAAUGAAAUGACAAAACCCCAAAUGGGUAGCUGUUGAUUGAAACUAUUAAUUGUCGUGGGUGUUCGGGAGCAGUUUGUGAAUUAAUGCUUCCUACUGGUGUCCACCGCUCGAGUAGCACAAUUAGUAAUUAAUUAAUUAAUAUGCAUAUCAGAUGCAAGCUCAAUGAAAUUGACGUGCGAUUAUAUUGAGGCGGCUUGUUUAUGCAGAGCGAAAUUGUGGAACGAAAACCGGAGAGUCCAUCACGAAGGAAGAAGCGGUUGACGCUAGGUCGCAUUUGGUCGAAUAAUUAUCUAAUGAAAUGGCAGGAAACAUUGUACUUCUAGUACUGAUACUCGUUCUUGGGUGUCAAUUGGAGGCAAAGGAAUACACUUCCUCAACGAAUCUCAUAAGUCCUUCUGAUUCUCCAAGAUUAGAAUCAAUUAACGGAACGCGAAGCUAUCGCAUGCAUGGCAAAAAGGGCAAAGACGAUAAAACUUGGUUCGAUGGGCGAGAAAUGCGUUACAUCUAUUGUGUACGUCCAGCAAAAUGUGAAGCAAUUCGACACAAGUCCUGUCUGGGUUCUCCACUUCCUUACUCUUCAAUCAGUCUAGAUCUCACGGAUUCAUUCAGUCAGGAACAAACACACGAUAAGCUGUACCAGUACAAUGCUUUGCGACAUGUCCCCAAGUGUUGGGCAGUUAUACAGCCGUUUCUUUGUGCGGUGUUCACGCCCAAAUGUGAGAAGAUCAACGGUGAGGAUAUGGUUUAUUUGCCUUCACUGGAAAUGUGCAAAAUAACACUGGAACCAUGUCGACUGUUGUAUAACACGACUUAUUUUCCUGAGUUCCUAAAAUGUAAUGAAACGCUGUAUCCCUCCAAGUGUAACAACGAUGUUCGGGAAGAGAUGAAAUUCAAUGCAACAGGGCAGUGCCUGAAACCACUUGUAGCGGCCGAUUCUCCUGCGAAUUAUUAUAAAGAUAUUGAAGGCUGUGGGUUGCAGUGCAAGGAUCCUCUGUACACCGAUCACGAGCAUCGUCAGAUUCAUAAGCUGAUCGCCUGGGGAGCAGCAGUGUGUCUAGCGUUCAAUCUGUUCACGAUUGCCACUUUCGUCAUCGAUUGGCACAAUGCCAAUAAAUAUCCUGCCCUGGUGAUCUUCUACAUCAAUUUUUGCUUCAUGGUGUCAUGUGUGGGAUGGCUGGCACAGUUCACACCUGGUGGACGCGAAGACAUUGUGUGCCGUAAGGAUGGCACAUUGCGCAGCUCGGAGCCAAGCGCUGGGGAGAACUUAUCCUGCAUCAUCGUGUUCAUCUUCGUGUACUAUUUCCUCAUCGCUGCGAUGGUUUGGUUCGUGAUCUUCACGUACGUGUGGCACAUGAGCUUCAAGGCGAUCGGAAAGAUACAGGAUCGAAUCAGUAAGAAGGGAUCGUACUUCCAUUUGAUUGCGUGGUCCUUGCCUCUGGUGCUGACGAUUACGAUCAUGGCUUUGAGUGAGGUUGAUGGAAACCACAUAGUUGGGAUCUGUUUUGUGGGCUACGUAAAUCAUCCCAUAAGGGGAGGUUUUCUUCUGGGUCCAGUGGUUUGCGUGCUUAUUAUUGGCGGAUACUUUCUGGGACGGGGGCUAUUGACGUUAAUUAAGUUGAAAAUUUCCAGCAAGGAAAUUAUUUCAGCUCGUGCUAGCAAAAAGAUUCGUCAGACGAUCGUUCGAAUGGGAAUCUGCACCAUGUUUACGUUCGUGUUUAUCGUAGCAACGAUUUUCUGCCACUUACACGAGUUUAAAAAUAGUGAGAGCUGGUCAAUAGCAUUGAGAAAUUACAUUAUUUGCCAAAUAUCGUCAACAUACACGGACGUGACGAGUGCGUGCAAGAUUCAGCAUCGACCAAGCGUUGCUAUCCUCCAAAUACAUUUGAUUUGUCUGUUCGCGUCCGGUAUUGUGAUGUCAUCGUGGGUGUGGACAAACUCGACCCUGGAAACCUGGGGUCGUUAUUUUCGGAGGCGCUUCAGACCAGACGUCGAGGAACCAGUUAGAUUGCAAAAACAUAAGGUGAUCGCACAGGCAUUCGCGAAACGAAAGGAAUUCCAAGAUCAGGGCCGGUUGUCGAUUUCCUUCCACAACUUUCACACCGAUCCGGUUGGGCUGAAGUUUGACAUUAAUUCGUCUGCUGGAAGUCACGACUUCAGCUCGACCUGGGCAAACAAUUUGCCUCGGUUCGUAAACCGACGGUAUGCGUUGACAGGUGCUGCAACGAGCUCUAGUCACGAUCCAAGGAAAAAUUCAAUGGACUCGGAAAUAAGUUUCAGCGUGCGACACGUCUCCGUGGAAUCGAGAAGAAAUUCAAUCGAUUCUCAGGUGUCGGUUAAAAUCGCCGAGGUGAAGACGAAAGUGGCCAGCCGCAGUCGAACGGGUGUAGGUGGCAAACAUAGGCAGACGAAACGGCACCAAAGACGACCCGAUUUUGCCUCUGCUAACCGUCGGUACAGCCGUAAGGAAAGCAGUACUUCAGUGGAAUCUCAAAUAAUCACCGCGAUUCAAAAGGGUAGACACACCUCUAGUGGUAACAGUCACUUCUUCGGUGCCACCAACAUGCAGCGAAGGACCGGCAUCGGUGGGAUGGAUGCAGAUCAACUAAACGAUUUCAUUUCUAAUGAAAAGCUUCUGCUACCAUUUCUACACCAACCAGGAUUGACCACAUCGGAGGACGAUAAUGCAUCGAACGCGUCAUUCAAAGUGCAAGAUUCGAAAUUUGGUGUAAUUCUCAAACAAAUCGAAGCAGGUGGAACAAUGAACAGAGGUGACUCACACAACACAGGUUGCCAAACAGAGGACUAUCACUCCAGUGAUGACGAGAAAGUUAACCUGAAAAAUGACACUCGCGACGAUUUCAGUAAUGUGAAGGAAGUUGCAAAAAGCAGUAAGUUGACUAAAAACCAUUCCCGAGCCAGCCAGAAGAGCCAGCGGGGCGAUAAGAAAGAAAAACGAGAACGGGAACGCGAAAAAGAACUGGAACUGAUUGAGCGGAGCAAUGCAACCGAUUUUAAUGACUCGUUUGCGUCUUAUUGUUCGGAAUUGUUCCCCUUGAAGGUAAACGAUUCAUACUCGGGAAUCUCAGUCACUAAAACCCACUCGCGCAACUCGAAGCGCAGUUGCGAUGUAGGCAUUCAAGCGGAUGCACACGAAAUCGCCACCCAAACUAUGUCCUCUUUCGAAUUCAGUGAAAAGGCUAUCAAGAAUGAAGAAAAUGAGGAUAUCUAUACCGAAAAUCAUCAACUUCUGGGGGCAAAGCUCAAGCCACAAUUGAGUUCGGUACGAAAACGCGACACUGUGGACGUUAGCUUGACCGAAGCGGAAAAAUUGAAACUAUUAUUACUGCCGUCCAAGUGAAAAAUCAUCAUUUUAUCUCACAUCUGAAUACUCUUUUUUUAUUUAGCAUUAUAAGAAUCACAAACAUAUUUUAGCUAUUCUUUACAGAGUAAGCGAUUGAGUUCGAGCAUUUUCCAUGAAAUUAAUUCAUGAAUGGAACAAAUAAUCUUACGUUAGUCGUGAAUUUACCUCACCGUCGUUGGAAAUUGAAUCUCUGAAAGCGAUUCCAUAGCGAUUCAGGCGGCACAAACUAUCUAUCUUGUUGAUUGGUGCCUUUUCGACGAAAAAAAAAUCAUUAACACACAAACAACGAGAAAUCAAAGAGAAACGCAUUUACAGCCAAACCAGCAAGUUUACUAAUACGAGACAAUCGAUCUAACAAUAAGGUUUAAGACUGAUUUUAACCGAAAUACAGAAAGCAAUGAAAAACGCGGAUCCUUCCUGUACAGAAAUAUCAACUCUAAUGGAAAGUUGAAACAUCUUUUAAUGUGCUAUGAAUUAUGAGAAAUAAACACAAAUGAAAAAAAGCAACGAAAUGUUUAGGCAUAGCAAACUUUUUGCAACGAUGAAGACUAUUUUAUAUAUGCAUAUUUUUAGAGUUAUAAACUACGCUUUGAAGCUUUCUUCGUGUUGCGGUACGCCACCAGGGAAGCAGAGUUUUAUCCGAGAGUGAAAUAGAAUAAUUGUAUGUUGGAUUAAAGAUCGAA